GAGAGGGAAGUUUUCCGGAGAAGUUGAGGAGGACGGCGGUCGAUUGUUUCAUCAAGCUCUCAAAUACGUUCGACACCGUCGUCGUCGCCGGCCGGACAAUCUUCGGUCACUGCUCUCUCCGGCUGCUCCAGUAUCUGAUUCUCAUAAAAGAUUCAUUCGAACUUGUAUACAAAAUUCAUUCUAUUACAUAUAAAUACGGUAUUGCGGCAAUCUGUUUAUGAUUUCCAAUGGAACAGUCUCAAUUGGAAACCCUAAGAAGCUUAGCUUCUCUAUUCCCUCUCCCUCAGCAACGACCACGAAGGCUUCUUAAGAGCGAAACUUUUUCUACUCUGGUCCGCAUGCACUCUCUCUUCCACGACGAAUCUCGACCUACUCAUUCUAAUAAGGUUUCCGAAGUAGUGCCAGAAAUAGGGUUCCAAAAUGGGAAAGAUGAAGAGGAAUGGACGAAGACAAUUGAGCCUGAGCCACUGUAUGAAACUACUUGUUCCACUAGUCUGGAAACUGAAAUUUUGCCUAUUCAGAAGUGUUCUGUUGGUUCAGGGAUUGAUGCGUGUGUAAAUGUUGAUUCAAAUGGAAUUGGAGGUUCUGAAAAUAGUAUGAACAAUGAGCUGAUUCAGGAUGUUGUGAAUGAAUUGGGAAAAAAUUUGAUGGAUGAUGGAAAGAAGGCUGAUGGUAAUAUCUGUUUGGGAGUCAACCAAGAGCAUGGCAAUCUUGGAAUAGACCUGGAUAUAGAAAAUGAAAAGGGAAAGGAUUUCAGUACGAAAAACGACAGUUCCCUCACAAUGGAAGCGGUUGUCCCAGCAUGGGAUAUGGAUUCAAUGUUUGAGUGUUUGAUGCAUGAUGAGAAGGAUGGUGAAGAAAACUCGUUAAUUGAGCAGAAAAUUUCCAAUGAAAUUUGGCAGGAAGAUUCAAUGGAGUUGGAGAAAUUCUUAUCCGGUUCUAAUAUUAAUGAGUUGUCUCAUAAAGAUGUUGUAGAUGAGGAGAUGGAAGAAGGAGAGAUCAUGUAUGAAGUUGGGGAUCUUGUUCAACCAUUGGAUUCUUUUCUUGAAGAGGCUGGUUUAUCAGAGAACAUGAAGGAUGAUGAGGGGAUUGUAGCUGAUUCCAUAAGAAAUUUAGAACCAUUGACCUCUAACAACACGGAUGAUAUAAACCAGAAGGAUCUAAGGUCUAAUGAACCCAUGUUAGGAAAAGACAAAAAUCUGAACUUUGAUUAUAUGAAAGAGGAUAAUAUAAAGAAGGCAGAUGGUAAUGAUUUUCUUAAAGCAGCUGUAGUAAGUAAAAACCAAGCAACUACAAUGCCUCACGAGUCUGAUAUUCCAGAAUCACACGCAAGGAUUUUAGAGGAAAUAGUAGCUGAAACCGAGACAGCUGGAACUGUAGAAAAGGUUGCUGAUACCCAUAAAAAGAGAAAGAGGGGUCCCGAGGCCAAGCAAAGGAAGAAGAAAAAAGAAAGGAUUAAACGAGCUGAAAAUAACAGGCGCCUUGGGGUGAAGAGAUUGAAAAUCGUACCAAUUUCUAAACCGAAAGCAAUUGUAUAUUGUAGGCACUUUGUCAAGGGCAGAUGCCAUGAGGGCGAGAACUGCAAAUUCUCCCAUGAUAUAGUACCCACAACAAAAUCUCAGCCUUGUUGCCAUUUCGCUCGUCAUACAUGCAUGAAGGGAGAUGACUGCCCUUUUGAUCACGAACUCUCCAAGUAUCCGUGCAACAAUUACAUUUCCAAAGGUUAUUGCAGCCGAGGCUCUGAAUGUUUGUUCUCACAUCAGGUACCGCCCACGAAUAAUUCCAGUGAAACUACUGCACCUGAAUUGAAACCUUCAGGCUUGUUGGAAAAUAAAGGUCCUCAGAAGCAACUGAAAGCUCCCAGCAAGAAAAAUGAAAAGGCAGAUGCAGAAACCAUAUUAAAACAUCCUGUUAAGGGAAUAGACAAACUUUUGUUUGGGAUAGGAUCUCUGCCCAAUCAUUCUAUUGGGCGCGACUCAACCGGGCCUUGUAUAGAAAACCAUGGAAGUAAAGCACACAUGAUUACAAGCCCUAAUUCCUUGACAGAAUCAAGGAGAGUCAACUUUCUGUCAUUUGGUAAAUCCCCUGUGAAAGAUUUGAAAACCAAUGGAUCAUCUAACUUGUUGUAUACUACAAGGGAUAAUGCCAGCACAAAUAUAGCAGUUGCUGCUUCAUCUCUUCUGCAAAAGGAAGGGGGUAAGAGUGAGAUGCCAGAGAAGCCAACUACUCAAAAGUGGUUGCCCCGUGGGAUAAAUUUUAUGUCAUUUGGCUCCGGUCAAACAAAAGCUUUUCAAGAUACAAAUGUUUUAAAUAAAAAAAUACUACAGAUGCCAAUUUCUACCGAAUCAGAUAAGUUAACAGUUGACCAAAAUGAGAUGCCAGAGAAACCAUCUACACAAAAGUGGUUGCCCCGUGGAAUAAACUUUAUGUCAUUUGGUCAAACAACAGCUUCUCAAGAAUCAAAUGUUGUAAAUAAAAAAAUACUACAGAUGCCAGUUUCUAUCGAAUCAGAUGACUUGACAGUUGACCUCGGUAAAGGCUUGCCUUGUCCUGCUUCAAAGCCCCCAGCACCCUUGCUGAGUACAUCAACGUUUUCUAUGAAAGGCCAACGUUCGAACUCAGCCCAAAAGUCCCUUCUGUCAAUGAUAGCAUUUGCGGAUAAGUAUCAGUCGAGAAUUAAGACGAUGGAUCGUGCAGGAAAUGUCCCCGCCAAAGAAAGCUAGGGUUUUCUUGUAUGGUGGUGAUGACAUUGUAAAUUGCUGAAAUUGUAUUAUACAUGGGUGCAGAGGUAAAUGAUAUCAUUUUAAAUGUUCUUUUAUAAGAAGCAGAGAAAUAGAUUACAUAUUGUACUAAGUUUAUGACUAGUCUUUAAUAGUGAACAUCUUGUCCAAAAACUAAGCACCUUCUUGUUAAGCUAGGAACUACUCUACAGAAAGUGCUGGAAAUGGCCCUCAAAAGGAAACUAGUAAUUUCUUGUAUUGCGGAAGUUGUAUUCUAUGUGUGCAGAUACCUUGUUUGGAUCUAGCAAUUUCCAAACCCAAGAAGUACCUAGCAAGUCCAAAAACUUUGACAUUACUAAAUUCAUCCAGAGUUUCACCAGCCAAUAAACUAUCAGUAUCGCGAAUAAAUAGGGUUGGAAAAAGUAUGAUCAAUACCUCUAGUAAGUAAACAAUUAUUGUGGAAGUUGGUGAAUGUCAUUUUUUUCAACUGCUGCAAUUGCUAUUAUUAAUAAAUGUGCUUCGACUGUCUUGGCUUAUGAUGAAAAAGAUCAAUUUAAGCCUCUUUCAAUUGGACCAUCGGAUUUGAGUUUAGUUUUAUGAACCCUUGAUAAUUCAAUGACUUUCAUGUUUGAUUUUGUUCUAAAACAUGAACCUCUGAUACACUC